AUGCUCUCACCAACUCUCUACGACGCCCUCAUCAUUGGCGCUGGCCCAGCAGGCCUCUCAGUCGCAACCGGUCUCGCACGCCAGCUCCACACAGCAGCCGUCUUCAGUUCUUCCGUCUUCCGCAACGCGAAAGUAAAACACAUGCACAACGUCCUGGGCUGGGAUCAUCGAAGCCCCACGGAUUUCCGUGCAAAGGCUCGCGCAGAUCUACUGGCUCGAUAUUCGACGGUCCAGUUCUAUGAUGAGGUUGAGAUUGAAUCUGUAUCAAGACAGUCGGAUGGAAGGUUUGAGGCUAGAGAUGUGAGAGGGGAUGUUUGGAGGGGGAAGAAACUUGUCCUUGCGAUGGGUGUCAAGGAUAUCUUUCCCGAUAUUGAGGGUUAUGAAGAUUGCUGGGGUGAGACUAUACAUCACUGCCUCUUCUGUGACGGCUACGAAAAGCGUGGUGCCCCUUCGGCAGGUGUUCUGGCGACAGACGUACUUGAGACUAACCAGCGAGCAAUGCAUGUAAACCGCAUGGCAAGGCGACUUGUCGACAAGGUCACCAUCUACACCAACGGAAACAACGAGCAGGCAUCGACAUUCCGUGAAGCAAUCGCUGCUCUCGAUGGAUUCAAAGUCGACCCUCGUCCGUUUAUGAAAUUAGAAAAGAAGCGUGAAAUGGACGGAAAUGAGCCUAAGAUCAUUAUACAUUUCAAGGAUGGCACUUGUGCAGAAGAAGCUUUCUUGGCACAUGGACCUAGAUAUGUACUCAACGGUCCCUUUGCCCAACAACUAAGUCUCGAAACAGUCGAGACUGGAGAGCUUAAGGUAUCACCCAUGUUCAACGAGACAUCCAUGCCUGGAGUGUUUGCUGUUGGCGAUUGUGCUACUCCUAUGAAAGCUGUGACACCGGCUAUUGCUAUGGGGACGGGAACUGCAGCUGCUAUUGUGAUGCAGCUUCAGGAAGAGAAGCAGGUCUAA